AGAAAUUAAGGUUGACUUUUGGUGGGAUUAUCGGUUGCCUUUCUUCUUCCUUUGCUAUAGGAAUUCUUGGGGUGUUAUUUUGAGGGAUAUCAUGGAUUCUUUUCUUUGGGUAGUGUUGAUAUAAUAAACUAAGUUUUACCAGAAUUUCCACUUCUGUCAUUUCUUUGCUUUUAAGCAAGGAAUUUAGUUGAUUGAACAUUCUUUAUGCAUAAUUUAACCAAUUCUUAAAUAGUGCAUCUGUAUGUGUUGAUACACUUUCUUGUGAUGGGUUGGUUGAGUUUUUCUUUAAAAUUGGUCUUGUAAUAUUCUUCUUUAUUUGAGGGAGUAGAACCAGGUAUUAGCAGUUUCAUAGGUCAUAAAUGAAAUCACUAUUCAGAGCAGGUCCUUCAAAGGCAGAGAAAGGAGCGGAGGACACCAACUUACGGUUUCAUAUCCCGAAAACAUGGAUCAGAAGCACACAACAGAAGCAGUAGAACACAGAAAUGGCGAAUAUGCACUUAUUAGAGAUGCAGAAGACCCACAGCUGGGAUUGUAUGAUAAACCUCUUCCUUGCUUUGGCUGUGGAAUAGGGUGGUUUUCUCUUUUGCUAGGAUUUGUUUUCCCAUUGAUGUGGUAUUAUGCCACCAUUCUCUACUUUGGAAACUACUAUCACAAAGAUCCUAGGGAGAGAGCUGGACUUGCUGCCUCUGCAAUAGCUGCAUUGAUAUGUACAAUUGCUGUGAUAAUCACAAUAGCUGUUCUUGUAUUCUAGUUGUUGCCACUGCAAUCUGUAUCUUUACCAGCACUGAAGGAGCUUCCUCAAACAUAAGGUGGGACGAUGAUAUGUAGAAUUCUGAUAGAGUUUCUAUCAUGUAGUUCUAAAUCUGUAACGAGGGCUUGAAAAGAACAAAUAAAACAAAGGAAAGAAAAGAAGAAUAUACUACCACCUCGAAACCAUUGAAGGUUCAGUUGUCUGUGUUGUAGCCCUCUUUAGUCUUGUACAUAACACAAAAUCUAUAUACUGCAACUUUCAAGAAUGGAACUGUGUGAUACUUAUUUUAGGGGAAUUUAA